AUGCAUGAUGUUAUGUUCAAAGAUCUAAAGCUAGAAGAAGUGAAAGUUCCAAUUAAACACACGUUAAGUACUGUGAAACAGCCAUUAAGAGUUAAUUUUGAUCUUGAUCAACUUGAAAACGGAAGAGAUAGUAACCAAUGUACAAAGGUUGGUGAACGGAAGUUUAAUGGAUAUAACACAGAAACAUGUGCUGAAGAUGAUAUCAUGACUCCAGAAAAACUUAGUAUUAUUAAAGCAACAUUCGCUAAUGUACAACAGCAUCUUUCCGAACUACUUAAAGUCGAUAGAAGUACAUCAAUGAGCUCGUUACACGAUGUUCGAAUCAUUGUUAAUGCGCGACCAUAUGGAGAUACAGAUGUUCUUGCCGCUGCAGCAGCAACUAGAUACGAAUAUACUCAACAUAGGCCAAUAGAAGGCCAAAUGUACUUAAAUCCAAAAGAAAUUCCAAAACAUCCUUUGUCAAAAGACAGCGAAGUUCGAUUUUUCUACGAUGUACUUGUUCAUGAAACGUUCCACGUGCUUGGAAUUGCAAAUAAUCUUUUUCAUAGGUGGAAAGAUCCAGCAACUCGCGAUAACUACAAGAAUAUGUUCGUAGAUUACGAAGAUCCGAAAUACCCUGGUAAAAAAUUCCGUUUUUUCCAAACUCCAAACGCAAUUAAAGUUGCUCAAAGAAGAUUUGGUCGAAAAACAUUACCAAAUGGAAAACCAUUAGGUAUAGAACUCGAACUCCUUGGUGGAGGUGGUACAGAAGGUUCUCACAUCAAAGGUCGAGCUUAUUACAACGAAAUUAUGUCAGGAAUUUCACUUCCUCCGGAACGAAUCUCCGACAUCACUCUUGCACUUCUUGAAGAUACAGGAUGGUACGAAGCCAACUAUUCCAUGGCAGAACCACUUGCUUGGGGCGAUGGAAAAAGUUUUUCUGACAAAGAAAUGUCAGAUUUUCCAUUAACUCCUCCUGAUGAAUUCCCAGACAAUUACAUCUGUCCGCCUUACAAGAACAAAGAGUAUCUUUGCAACUACGAUUACACAGGUGUCAGCGAAUGUGGAGUUCCUUUGUAUGUUCCAAAUUGCGAUAAACCGCAAGAACAAGAUGAAAAAGAAAUUUGCAGCGCAAGGGAAUGGUAUGAUUCUGAUAAUUCACAUUGGUUCGGUCCUUCUGACGUGUUUGAUUACAUGAAGAUCCUCAAGGCGAGAGAAUGA